GGGGUCCCGAGUCCAUUUUUUGGGGUCCCGAGUCCAUUUUUUGGGGUGCUGACCCCGUUUUCGGGCUGCCCCGCCCGCAGGUGGUGCUGCUGUCGGCCACCAUGCCCCUGGACGUGCUGGAGGUCACCAAGAAGUUCAUGCGGGACCCGAUCCGGAUCCUGGUCAAGAAGGAGGAGCUGACGCUCGAGGGCAUCCGCCAGUUCUACAUCAACGUCGAGAGGGAGGAGUGGAAGCUGGACACGCUGUGUGACCUCUACGAGACGCUGACCAUCACGCAGGCGGUCAUCUUCAUCAACACCCGCCGCAAGGUGGACUGGCUGACCGAGAAGAUGCACGCGCGGGACUUCACCGUGUCCGCAAUGGUCAGUGGUCACUCUGUGAUGGUCAGUGGUCACUCGGGGUCACUCAGGGGUCACUCAGGGGUCAGUGGUCACUCAGGGGUCAGUGAGGGUCACUCAGAGAUGCACGCGCGGGACUUCCCCGUGUCCGCAAUG